AUGAGUCGCGUUUCGGCCGUCACGCGCCAAACGGCUAACAUGCGAUGGUUGCUGAGAAAUACUUUCAGAAAGCCCGAUUUUCGUCCACUCCAACGAGAAGUGAUCAUAGCUGUCAUUGAAGGGCAUGAUCCUCAACCUCAUUUGGAAAGAGCUUGUGUUACCAGCUACCUGCGAUUCUCAGGGAUUGGGGAUGUGAGUGUUCAUUGCUCGUCAUCAAAAGGAGUGACUAUCGUCAUCUGUCCACUCCUCUCAUUGAUGACGGAUCAAGUCAAUACCCUGAAAGGUCUCGGUGUAUCAGUGGCAACGCUCAAUUCCAAUACCACCCUUGAUGAGAAAAAAUGGAUACAGGAGGAUAUGCUUUGUGGUCACCCCAGUACCAGACUUCUUUAUGUCACGCCUGAGCUAUGUGAACAAGAUCACUUUCGCCGUCGCUUGCUCAAGGUCCAUGAGCAAGGCCAGCUCGUUCGUAUUGCAAUUGAUGAAGCACAUUGCAUCAGUGAAUGGGGAAAUGAUUUCCGCAAAGCAUACAAAGAGCUAGGUUGGUUUAGAAGGAACUUGAUCAAUCCAACUAUCCCAAUGACGGCUGUGACAGCCACUGCUACACCCCGAGUCCGCGAGGACAUCAUCAAUAUCCUUGGAUUUGACCUGAAUCGACUCAAACUCUUCAAUACCCCUUCAGAUCGGCCUAACAUCCACUAUGAGGUUCGAUACCGUCCAGACUUCGGCGGUGACGAAGCCGAAGCCGAGAACAGUCAGCUUCUAAACUUGUUCAAUUGGCUCAAGGCUAUUCGACUUCGACGCGAGGCUCGGCAGGGUAGCGAGCUACCGCCAAUGUCAGGUAUCGUCUACGUGGGAAAGCGUUUAAUGGCUGAACAUCUUGCACACAGACUGUCCUCAGACGAGACCAUCAUGGCCGUGGCGUACCACGCCGGCGUUGAGGCCAGCAGACGCUCGCAAAUUCAGUCUACAUGGAAAUCAUCUCAUUCUUUCCAGCCAGCAGAUGGCCGACCAAUCCCUACGUUCUCCAUCAUCGUCGCAACGAAUGCCUUCGGCAUGGGCAUCGACAACCCGGAUGUCCGCUUUGUCGUGCACUGGACGCCACCGCGAAGCUUCGAAAGCUUCGUCCAAGAAUCAGGCCGUGCAGGCCGAGACGGCCGUGCUGCUAUAUCCCUUGUUUACUAUGGUAUUCAAGAGAGGAACUUCAUCGAGAAUAUGAUCUAUCGGGACGCACCCCAAAACCGAGAAGCCAAGCUCGAAAGCUUUGGCAAGGUGAUUAGAUACUGCGAAAGCAUAACAAGAUGUCGGCACGAACUCAUUAAGGAGUUCUUUGGCGAUUUUGAGCUUGAAGAAAUGGGAUCACAGCGGCCUUCUGUGGGAGGUGUUCCUAUGAGCUCGUCACCUUGUGACUUUGCGUGCGAUUUCUGUAAAGAGGGCCGUGCAGGAUUGGCCAAGCGCCGGGAGAAGAUGGCGUCUGAAACCCAGAUGGCUGUCCUGUACGCAGAUUGUGACUAA